AUGCUUCACACGAGCCACCUAGCCCUGCCGUUUGUGUUCGUUCUCUACAUUCCCUUUGUUUGGGCAUGGAUCCAGAGCUUGCAGAUUAUGGACGCUGUUCACGGCCUACCGGAGGGCCAGCCAGGAUAUGUGCGCAAUUUCACUCCGGGCACAAGCGGGACCAACCCCAUCCUCGACGAUAGUCCACAGGCCCUGGUUUGCGGAGACAAUCAACGCGUGCCGCUCCAGCAGCGCCAAUGGCCUCGGCUUGAGGCACUGCCGGGCUCGUUGAUAUGUCCGCGCUAUGCGCCAGGCACAUGGCACAAUGGUUCCGCUAUGGGGGAGAUUCACUGGUACGGCGCAAACAUCCGCGACGUGCCUGAUCAAACCACACUGGCCGAGCUUCGAAAAUCCCCCCUGCAGGCGGGCGAGAAAAGCAGGGUGGGAGAUCACGACAGCUCUGCUGUGGAUGCUAAGACAGCAGAACUGGCAGAAUAUGCAUUCCCGCCUGACGCCGGUUCGGAAUGUCAGCACGCGUUUCAGGUCCCAGCACAGGCCACUGAUCUUCUCACGGUGUAUUGGAUGUGGAAUACGACCCAAAGACAUCGUGACGGCUUUUUGAUAUACAUGGCCUGCUUCGAUAUCCACAUUAUUCUUGAACACGAAUCUGACCAGCUCCCAACAUCGAAAAUUCAUUCCACCAGCCAUCCAAGUCCAGGCCAGGCAAGUGCCACGCCACAUACCGUACAUAAGACGAUCGAGAAUCCCAGUCCGAGCAUGAAUCAGGGCGGUCUGGGACCGUCUUUCUCGGCUGCUGACUGGACCGGCAGUGUCAUUUCAGCAACUUGCUCUGCGAGCCUUGGGUUGUUCUGCUCGCCCGCUAGUCCGACUCUGCCUAGCGCCACCGCCGCAGGGACAGGUCCCCAGUCAACAAGACCAGCGGAUACACCUACGGUGUCCAGCGCCCUAGCAAUGAUAGCGUCAGCAACAUGGCUUCCAAACCCGGUUGGCUCUGACUCGUGGCUCCGUGUACAUACCACAUCAACGUCUCCUUGGCGUUCCCGGAGCCUACAGGACCUUACUGUUUCGAACACACUGGCUACUGUAACAGAGAGCGAUGCUCCCUCGACGGCCGCCCUUGAUACGGAGACAGUGGAGACAUCUUCGACAUCCACGACGCUCCAUACAACAUCCACAGGCUCCAGAGACGACAUAGGUUCGGCGUCUGAUACAGGCCCUUCUCAAGUCCGUGCCACUGCCACCAACAAUGUUGGUUGGGGCAGCAUUGUCGAAUCCAGCUACAAGACCAUUGUUUAUUGUUCUUUUACGGAGCGCUGUGGGCAUCCGGGUAUUUCCUCAUCUUCUCUCCAAUCGGCCUGUGAGGCCCUUGUCAAGGAUGGGUGCGCUAACCCCUCUGUCGAGAGUAACGACUUCUUCGGAUCGUUGGAGUUCACUGCCAAUGACCAAUUGACCUCCUGCACGGACUCGGCACCUUUGACCAUCGAGGGUUGCCAGGAUGGUUUCAGAGGUGCCGCAAGCUAUGUUGACAGCCAACUAGCACGGAGCGGUGAUCUUGCUUGUGCAGGCUUCGUCAACAUCGCAAAUGCCGCAGGCGAUGAAGCAGGGGCCGUUACAGUGAGCGGCAUAUGCAUGCCUGAUUUUCCAGCAUAA